UUUUCAUAAACAAACCACAUUUUUCCUCCCGCCGGGGGCCGCAGCACUCUCACCUUGUCAGCCUGCCAGCGUUGUCGGAUUCCUGCUCCUGUUUUAACGACGAGAUCGCAGGGGAGCCCUGAGAGCUGGUUCUGGUUCAGGUUCAAAAAGGAGACGCGGGCAAACGCUGUAACAACCAGAGGCUGUCGGCGUUGUCUUCAUUGUCCGAGCGGUCAGCGCGUGGUCGACUGUUGGACCGAGCCCACCUGCCGCCACGUAUCUGCUGUAAUCGCAUGGUUUUCAUCCGUCAGUCGCAUUGGCCCGCUGCAUAGACUGUGAAGAGCCUCGGUAGUAUCAGACAUGGUGAAGCUGACAAAGGCCAAGACAUUCCAGGCUUACCUGGACUCCUGCCACCGCCGUUACAGCUGUGUGCACUGCCGCGCCCAUCUGGCCAACCAUGACGAUCUUAUCUCUAAGUCUUUCCAGGGCAGUCAGGGCCGAGCUUACCUCUUCAACUCUGUGGUGAACGUUGGCUGCGGCCCUGCGGAGGAGAGACUGCUGCUCACAGGACUUCAUGCAGUGGCCGACAUCUACUGUGAAAACUGUCACACCACACUGGGCUGGAAAUAUGAACAAGCCUUUGAACUGAGUCAGAAGUACAAGGAGGGGAAGUACAUCAUUGAGCUGUCCCACAUGAUAAAGGACAACGGCUGGGACUGAGAGGGAAGUCUUCAUCUUUCACCAUGACUUUUUUUAAAAAGUUGCAUCCCCUCGACUUUAAAAGGGUUCCAGUGUAGCUUCCUCAUCCCGCAAUUCGAUCCAUCACUGUGCCACACUUUCACUUUGUAUGGCUUUGACAAGAAUAGCAUGUGAUGCCUUAUCUUUUUCUGUUCUUCAUGUUUUUCCAGCAACCACAACAACACAUAUGUUGAUAUUGCUAUCCUAAUUGCUAGUUGUGCUGGGACAUGGACCGAAUGAGUGCAAGGUUUGUGUGUGAAAGACCGGCAGAUGUAGUCACACAGGCGCGUGUGCGUGUGGGAUUUUUAAGCGUGUUCGAGUGAUGAAACCUUUAUCAGCGACCACUAAACAGUCUCCCUCUGUGGGGGCGAAGUCAGUGCAAGUCAAAUAAUGUGACCUUUUUACACAUCAGACGGGUAUUUCCUUUGAGUUUAGAAUAUCUGGCCCAAACUGUGUAAAGUAGUAGUAUCAUUUGCGAGUAAUGCAAGGGCCACUGCUCUAAUGCUUAGAACAGUGGGAGGGCUUGUUUUGUUUUUUGUUAUUUUUUUUAAUUGUUGAAAUUCAUGUUUUGUUUUGUUUUUUUAAUAGUAAGAUCAGUAACACUUGUUCAUAUUGUGCCAAAGGCAAUCAGGGUGUUCAAUUAGUAAUGUUAAAGCCCACAAAAGUCUCCUAAAGGAAAUCCUACAUCUGGAAUAUGAGUAUGAUUUGUUUUAGUGUGUGUGUGUGUGUGUGUGAGUGUGAGUGUGUGUGUCUACGCAGUGUGUGCUGGGAUGCCUUAAGCUGGAUGGUGUUGAAAAGCAUUAGUCUUGGGUUCACUUGUUGUGUUUCCACUGCACAGUUGGGAUAUCGUCACACUUUUACUUAAUGCUGAUGAGAUCUAUCCUUUGUGUUUGUGAAUAGCCUAACACUGAGCUGCCCUUACUGAUACAUUUACUCAACCAUUAGAGCAAAGUGUGAUUAGGAUUAUGUAGCAUAUUUAUGGUGAUUUUUAAUGUCGGCUUCUUUCAUUAAAGUGUAUUAUUUUAACCUGAUCUUUCAUUAAAAUACAGUAUCUGUAA